AUGACUGUUGCAUCGAAAAUUAAUGUAGGUGGGAGGGUUGAAGUUCAUGAGAGGGUCCUAAAAGUGUUUAGGGUACUUAUUGCAGAUUUAGUUCAAAACUAUGGUGGUGGACAUCCAGGAGGAGCUAUGGGGAUGGCUGCUAUAGGUAUUGCUCUUUGGAAAUAUGUGAUGAAAUACGCCCCUAGUGAUCCGAAUUUCUUUAAUAGAGAUAGGUUUGUUUUGUCUAAUGGACAUACAUGUUUGUUUCAGUAUGUUUUCCAUCAUUUAGUAGGAUAUGAACAUAUGACUAUGGAUCAGUUGAGGAGUUAUCAUUCUUCUGAUCCAGAGUCUUUUUGUCCUGGGCAUCCAGAGAAUGAACAUCCAGGAAUUGAAGUUACGACUGGGCCACUAGGUCAAGGUGUUGCUAAUGCUGUGGGUUUGGCAAUCGCUAGUAAAAAUAUGCAAGGAACUUAUAAUAGGCCUGGAUACUCUAUUAUUUAUAACCAUACAUAUUGUAUGGUAGGUGAUGCCUGUUUACAAGAAGGAAUAGCUUUGGAGGCAAUUUCAUUAGCAGGACACUUAGGUUUAAAUAACCUUACAGUGAUAUAUGAUAAUAAUCAGAUUUCAUGUGAUGGAUCUGUAGAUUUAACUAAUACAGAAAACAUUAAUGAAAAGUUUAAGGCCUGUAACUGGAAUGUAAUAGAGGUUGAGGAUGGUUGUUAUGAUGUCGAGGGGAUUGUGAAUGCUUUAGAAAUGGCAAAGAAUUCAUCAGAUAAUCCUACAUUGGUCAAUAUUCACACAAGUAUUGGUGUUGGAUCGAAUGUGGAGGGAAAGGCCGCAGCUCAUGGUGCAGCUUUAGGUGAGAAGGAGGUUGAUAGAUUGCAUACAGUGAAUGGUUUCAAAAAGGAGGAUAAAUUUUAUGUACCAAGUGAUGUCUAUAAUUUUUUUAAUGAGGCCACUCCAAAAGGGGAAAGACUUAUUCAAGAAUGGAAUGAUUUGGUUGUCUCAUAUGGUAAAGAAUAUCCCGAACUAGCUAAAGACUUCUUGAGAAGAGUGAGAGGUGAAUUGCCAAAUGAUUGGGAAAGUUUAAUUCCGAAAAUGUUUCCUAGUAGCCCUACAGCGUCUAGAAAAUCUAGUGGUUUAGUUAUUAACCAGGUUGCAAAAGAAGUGAAUAAUUUUUUUGUUGGAUCGGCAGAUUUAUCUCCAUCUGUGAAUUUGGUUUGGCAGGGAAAGAAAGAUUUUCAAAACCCAAGGGUAAAGGUAUCAUGUGGUGAAAAUGGUGAUUAUUCUGGGAGGUAUAUUCAUUAUGGUAUACGUGAGCAUGCAAUGGCUGGUAUUGCAAACGGAAUUGCUGCAUUUAAUGAAGGUACUUUUAUUCCUGUGACAUCGUCAUUUUUUAUGUUUUAUUUGUAUGCAGCUCCAGCUGUGAGAUAUGGUGCUUUAUCGAAGUUGAAGGUAAUUCAUGUUGCUACUCAUGAUUCAAUAGGUACUGGAGAGGAUGGGCCGACGCAUCAACCCAUAGAAUUAGCAGCUUUAUAUAGAGCCAUGCCGAAUGUUAAUUAUAUUCGUCCAUGUGAUUCAGAAGAAACGGCUGGUGCAUGGGAAAUUGCAAUUAAGUCGCAGGGUAUACCAACAAUUAUUUCAUUAUCAAGGCAAAGUUUGCCACAGUAUCUUGGGAUGUCAAAUCGAUCUUUAGUUAAAAAAGGUGCUUAUGUCUUUCAAGAAAUGGAAGAUGCGGUUUUAAAUCUUAUAGGAGUUGGUGCUGAGUUGAACUUCUCUGUUGAAGCAGCAAAAAUAUUGAAAGAGGAAGGAAUUAAAACUAGAGUUAUAUCAUUUCCUUCCCAAAACUUAUUUGAAUUGCAAUCGGCUGAGUAUAAACGUUCUAUAUUGAAGAGCAGACAGAUUCCAACCGUAGUUGUAGAAGCUUUUGCCUCAAACGGUUGGGAAAGAUACGCAACUGCAGGUAUUAAUAUGAAGACAUACGGGAAAUCCUUGCCGGGUGCUACAGCUUAUGAGUAUUUUGGUUUUAAUUCGAUGCUUAUCGCUACUAAAAUUAAAAAUUAUUUAUCAAGAUGGAAUAAGGAACAUGACAUACGUUAUGAGUUUUGUGACUUGAAUUAA